GGUAUCCAUUCCCUAUAAGGUUAAAACCAGCUCACACCUCAUAAUUGAUGCUAAGCAAAUAUGAAAAUAAAUUCCCAAGGAACCAAACCUAAACGUUACUGUAAAUCUUGGCUGCAGCCAUGGCAUCAUUUCUGAAAUUCCAUGCACUCUCAACAUUUCUUGCUGUUAUCAUCAUCUUUUUAUCUUGCACUCCACUUGCAUUGGCAAAAUGUGAAGCGGAAUCCGAAAAUGGAUGCCAUGACAAGGCAGAAUCUAUGAAGCUAAAAGUCAUUGCCAUUGUCGUAAUUUUAGUGGCUAGCAUGAUUGGUGUAUGUUUACCACUUUUUUCUCGUCUAAUGCCAGCACUUAGACCCGACAGGGACUAUUUCACUGUGGUUAAGGCAUUUGCUUCUGGUGUUAUCCUAGCGACCGGAUACAUGCACGUGUUACCGGAUUCUUUCAAUGACUUAACGUCCGACUGUUUGCCUGAAAACCCAUGGAAGAAGUUCCCUUUCACAACCUUCGUGGCUAUGCUGUCGGCUGUGAUGACUCUCAUGGUGGAUUCGUUUGCCAUGAGUAUAUACAAGAAACAUUGUGCUAAAGCUUCAGUGGUGGAUGCCAGCGAUGGUGCGAGACUGGAAAAUGGGAAUGUACAAAUAGAGAAUUUUGGACAUGGACAUCACCAUCCACUCGAGAAGAAUGAAACAUCAUCACAAUUGUUAAGGCAUCGAGUUAUAGCUCAGGUAUUAGAGUUGGGAAUUAUAGUACAUUCAGUGGUGAUUGGCAUUGGAAUGGGGGCCUCUGACAAUAAGUGCACCAUUCGAUCACUCAUUGCUGCUCUUUGCUUCCAUCAAAUGUUUGAGGGAAUGGGACUUGGGGGAUCCAUACUACAGGCUGAAUACAAGCUCAAAAUGAAGGCAACCAUGGCAUUCUUCUUUUCAACCACAACUCCGCUAGGAAUUGUUGUAGGAAUUGGUUUGUCAAGGGUUUACAGUGAGACCAGCCCAACUUCACUUAUUGUGGUAGGACUACUAAAUGCUUGCUCAGCAGGGUUGCUGAAUUACAUGGCUCUGGUAGAUCUCCUGGCAGCUGAAUUUAUGGGCCCUAAGCUUCAAACAAAUAUGAAGCUCCAGGCUUGGUCAUAUAUUGCUGUUUUAUUUGGUGCUGGAUUUAUGUCUCUAAUGGCAAAAUGGGCUUAGUUAUUUCUACAUGUACUCAAGGAAAAUUGUCUUUUUUCUUUCGUUUUUUAACAGCUUUUGUCUCAAUAAAUCACCGAUUAAUUUUAUUUGGAUACUGUUGAAGAGCUGUUCUUAAUAGAUUCUGAAGUCUGAACUAGCACUGCUACAUUUGUUUCAUCGUAAACACGUGGCUUUUUAACUAAGUAAAUUUGGUUACAUCACAAUUAUUCAAUCAUCACCAACAAAACCUUGACAGCAAUUUGAU